CCGACACCGGCAUUUUAGUUGAAGUUGCCGGUCGAGCCCAGAUCGGCCUUCCAGAGACGAGCGGUGCAAAUUUGUCGUCUUAUUUAUAUCUUCUUUUUUUUUAUCUAUCCACAAGAUGCCAGGAUUUUCCGACCGCGGCAGAGACAGGGAACGAGAUAGAGGUUAUGGCGGUGGUCCUCCACGCUUCGGCGGAGGCCGCGGCGGCGGCGGCGGUGGCGGCAAGUAUGGAAAUCCCGGCGAUCGACUACGGAAGAAACACUGGAACCUGGACGAGCUCCCGAAGUUUGAGAAAAACUUCUACCAACAGCAUCCCGACGUUACUCGCAGACCACCGCAAGAGGUUGAGCAGUACAGGAGGGCCAAAGCCGUGACUGUGAAGGGGAGAGAAUGUCCAAACCCAAUGAUGAAGUUCCAUGAGGCCAGUUUCCCCUCCUAUGUGAUGGAUGUAAUCAACAAACAGAACUGGUCUGAACCCACACCCAUCCAGGCCCAGGGCUGGCCUCUGGCUCUGAGUGGAAAGGAUAUGGUCGGCAUUGCGCAGACUGGCUCCGGAAAAACGCUUUCUUAUCUCUUGCCUGCAAUUGUGCACAUCAACCACCAGCCUUUCCUAGAGCGAGGAGAUGGACCUAUUUGUUUGGUGUUGGCACCCACCCGUGAGCUGGCACAGCAGGUCCAGCAGGUGGCUGCAGAGUAUGGCAGAGCUUCUCGUCUAAAGUCCACCUGCAUCUAUGGAGGCGCACCCAAGGGACCCCAGAUCCGUGACUUAGAAAGAGGUGUUGAGAUCUGCAUUGCCACUCCUGGCAGGCUCAUAGAUUUCCUGGAAGCAGGAAAGACUAACCUUCGUCGAUGCACUUACCUGGUACUGGAUGAGGCCGACAGAAUGCUUGACAUGGGCUUUGAGCCACAAAUUCGUAAAAUUGUGGACCAAAUCAGACCUGAUCGUCAGACCCUGAUGUGGAGUGCCACUUGGCCUAAAGAGGUUCGUCAGCUGGCUGAAGACUUCCUGAAGGACUAUGUUCAGAUCAACGUUGGAGCCCUGCAGCUCAGUGCCAAUCACAACAUCCUGCAGAUAGUUGAUGUCUGCAAUGAUGGAGAGAAGGAAGACAAACUCAUUCGCCUGCUUGAGGAAAUAAUGAGUGAAAAGGAGAAUAAAACCAUUAUCUUCGUGGAGACAAAAAGACGUUGUGAUGACCUUACGAGGAGGAUGAGAAGAGAUGGAUGGCCAGCCAUGGGCAUCCACGGUGAUAAGAGUCAACAGGAAAGAGACUGGGUUCUUAAUGAGUUCAAGUAUGGGAAGGCUCCAAUCCUAAUUGCGACUGACGUUGCCUCCAGGGGUCUAGAUGUUGAGGACGUGAAAUUUGUCAUCAACUUUGACUACCCCAACAACUCUGAGGACUAUAUCCACCGCAUUGGCAGAACAGCUCGUAGCCAAAAGACAGGCACGGCCUACACCUUCUUCACCCCAAACAACAUGAGGCAAGCUGGCGACCUCGUCUCUGUGCUCCGAGAAGCCAACCAGGCCAUCAACCCCAAGCUCCUCCAGAUGGCUGAGGACAGAGGAGGUCGUUCAAGGGGGGGAGGCAGAGGUGGCGGGUAUAGAGAUGACCACCGGGAUAGGUAUUCCAACAACAGGCGUGACUUUGGCGGUUUUAGGGACCGGGAUAACAGUAGAGGUUAUGACAAUGGACCAAAGAAAGCCUUUGGCACAAAUUCCCAGAAUGGGGGCUAUGGAGGCGGCGGCAACGGCAGUAAUGGCUUCAACAGUACCGGCUACAAUGGAAAUGGACAAUCUAAUUUUGGCAACAACCAAGCGGGAUCAUACGGAACCCCGAACAACUUCCAGGCCCAACAGUUUGGUCCUGGCCAGGGUGGUGCACAGAACGGUGUAAGCCGUCCACCGUUUCCCUUCCCACAGGCACAGGCUCCACCACCCCUUGUUCCCUACAACAUGCCCCAACAGUUCUCUCAGUUAAACCAACACAAGAAAUAAGUAAUUUAUUGCCUUUUUUUUGUUUGUUUUUUUAAGUUCGUUUACUUGAUCCGGAAUUUUACCGCUUUUUCUUUUUUUCCUAUUUACACGACAGGGUUAAACCAGUUUAAGCCUCUAUAAGAUAAUGAGUAUGGACGGUCUGCAGUGAAUCAAUAGUAUUGGUGCAAUUGUUUAAUUUGUUACAUUCCUCCGUAAAGUAUAGUCGUAUUUUGUACUAGGAAAUUGAAAAUGUAUUUGUUUUUUUUUUUUCCACGUGUAUCAUUGAAAGUGAUGACAUCCUAACAGAGGCGCUGCAUGACCUUUCAACAUUAAAAACUGAAAACAAGACUUGUAA